AUGAACUAUUUGAAAAUUUCUUUAGACAAGUACGAUGCCGAAGUCCCUGAGUUAAAGCGAAUACUUCAGACAAAUGUCGAAACGAUCGACCGUCUCACCCAGGAUCUAGAAAACACAAAGUUUGAGUUGAAUUCGAGUACCGAGAAAGUUACCAUGCUUGAAGCCGAGAAUUCUACUGCGAACAUCGAAUUAAAGAAACUUCGACCUGUACACAUAGAUCUCGGUGCUUUAAGGACAAACCAUGCCGAUCUUCAAAAAACGCGUGGUCGAGAAUUGGAAGAAUGUACAGAACAUACCAAUCAGAUCGCAUAUCUCACCAAAAUCAAUUCCGCACUCAAGACCGAGCUUUUCGAGGUCAAUUCAAGUUACAAAAAGCUACUAAUGUCGACCCUUCAAACUCGGAGAAGUGGGAGAUGUCUGAAGCUAUUGAAAAGUCAAAUUACUGACGACUCUCUUACUAUUUACCCCAAGUCUACAUCUCACCAUCCAGAUCAUUCUCGCAGUAGCAAUUCCAAACCAGAAGAUCCUUGGAAGACAUUGUUGACAUCACAACUUGUCGCCAUGCGGAACUUACAGCCUUGA